AUGGUAAAAGACGGCGAUUCUCGCUUCUAUAAGGGAAAAGCAUGUCAUAAGAAAUGUCUACAGGCCUUGCAGAAAAAGAAACCACAGGAAAGAAAGGAAUGUGAGAUUCAAGCAGUAUUGGCUUUGCAUCUGUUUAGUCUAUUAGUGGCCAAUCCACAGUUACUUGCUGAUCUGACAUGUGAUGAAAAGUGUUGUUCAUGUGGAAAUAGUAAAGUUUGGCAUGGUCGUGCAGAUAUCUUAAUAAGACACAGUAAAGUUAAAGUGGUAAAGGAUGUUCGUGAAGAGAUAGAUGAGGAGGGUUGUGGUGAACCUCAACAUAAAAAGAUCAGGAAAUAUUCAGAGGGAAGUACAUGUACAUCUGAUUACUAUGAGAGUGAUACAUCCUUCGUUAAGACAGCCUAUAGAGACCACUACAUGCCACUUGGUCCAUUUAAACUCCAAACAGGGGUGCACUGUAAGGAUUUGUCACAAGUGCUCGCACAAACAAUAGUGAAUGCCUUCAUUCAAAAUAAGAAAUUUCCUGCUUUAAAAGAAUAUUUUAUUCCAUGUUUUUUGGCAUCUGAAAACAAUAUAACUAUUCAUAUGUAUAAUCCGUUCUAUGAUAUUCUUUUAACACAUGGAGAAAGUAUGCAAAUAUUUUCUCAAGGCAAAUUAAAUAUUGACACUAUUUUCGCUGUUUGGAUGGCAUUAAAUUUUUAUAAGUUUCCUGUAGGUUUGUCGGAUGAAAAUAUUCAAGAAACAUGGCAAAAAUACUUUACAGAAAGUUCUGGUUUUCAUAAUGCUAUCUCUUCUUGUAUGGAUGUGUACAGAAAUGAAAUGGAUGAACCUAUGAUACAUGAUGACCCAGUGGAUCAGAAUAUGAAUCAUAAUAAUCUUGCUUUCAUAUUUUUAUUGAAAGAAAUGUGGGAGAAUGAA